AUUUUUCAAUAAAUUGCACCAAUAAGAAAAAAGAAAGAAAGAGAAAGAGAGUUUUUGAUCAGUCUGCCGCCAAAUUCAACAUGUUAACGUUUCUUAUUUUCGCAAAAUUGUCACCUUUACAGAUUUUUCACCGAAAUUGAAAGCUCACGAAGAGUUUUUUCAUUUGAAGCUUGUAAGUAAAUCUCUUUUAUAAUCUACAGUUUCAAUGGAUGCUCCGGUUCCACUCUCUUUAUCUACUCUGUUAGAACUCUGCACCAAUCUCUUGCAAAAAUCUGUAAACAAGUCCAAUGGUCGUUUCACAGCGCAAUUGGUUCAUUGCCGUGUUAUCAAAUCGGGUCUUAUGUUCAGCGUCUACCUGAUGAAUAAUCUCAUGAACGUCUACUCAAAAACUGGUUAUGCUCUUCACGCACGCAAGCUGUUCGACGAAAUGCCUCUAAGAACAGCUUUUUCAUGGAACACGGUUCUUUCGGCUUAUUCUAAACGAGGAGAUAUGGAUUCGACUUGUGAGUUCUUUGAUCAGUUGCCUCAAAGGGAUUCGGUUUCGUGGACUACGAUGAUUGUUGGGUAUAAGAACAUUGGUCAAUAUCAUAAGGCUAUAAGAGUUAUGGGGGAUAUGGUCAAGGAAGGGAUUGAGCCGACGCAGUUUACGCUUACGAAUGUGCUUGCAUCGGUGGCUGCAACGCGGUGUAUGGAAACAGGUAAAAAGGUUCAUUCUUUCAUCGUUAAGCUUGGUCUUCGCGGUAACGUUUCUGUGUCGAAUUCACUGCUUAAUAUGUAUGCAAAAUGUGGUGAUCCAAUGAUGGCAAAAUUUGUUUUCGAUAGAAUGGUUGUUAGAGAUAUCUCAAGCUGGAAUGCUAUGAUUGCGUUACAUAUGCAGGUCGGUCAAAUGGAUCUUGCUAUGGCGCAGUUCGAGCAAAUGGCUGAGCGAGAUAUAGUCACUUGGAAUUCUAUGAUUUCUGGUUUCAAUCAGAGAGGGUAUGAUCUCAGAGCUCUAGAUAUCUUUUCGAAGAUGCUGAGGGAUUCUCUGUUGUCGCCGGAUAGAUUCACUCUGGCGAGUGUGUUAUCUGCUUGUGCCAAUCUUGAGAAACUUUGUAUUGGGAAGCAGAUUCAUUCGCACAUUGUUACUACAGGGUUUGAUAUUUCCGGAAUCGUGUUAAAUGCAUUGAUCUCGAUGUAUUCGAGGUGUGGAGGGGUCGAGACUGCCCGGAGACUGAUAGAACAAAGAGGAACCAAAGAUCUCAAGAUUGAAGGUUUUACAGCUUUACUUGAUGGGUACAUUAAGCUUGGAGAUAUGAAUCAAGCUAAGAAUAUAUUUGUUUCGUUGAAAGAUCGUGAUGUAGUCGCAUGGACCGCCAUGAUUGUAGGAUAUGAGCAACACGGUUCGUAUGGUGAAGCUAUAAACCUUUUCAGAUCAAUGGUUGGAGGAGGGCAGAGACCAAACAGUUACACUCUUGCAGCAAUGUUAAGUGUAGCUUCAAGUUUGGCAUCAUUGAGCCAUGGCAAGCAAAUCCAUGGGAGUGCUGUAAAGUCAGGGGAAAUUUAUUCAGUUUCUGUCAGCAAUGCAUUGAUAACAAUGUAUGCAAAGGCGGGUAACAUUACAUCGGCAAGCCGGGCAUUUGAUUUGAUACGCUGUGAGAGGGAUACAGUAUCGUGGACAUCCAUGAUUAUCGCGUUGGCACAGCACGGUCACGCAGAAGAAGCACUUGAGCUUUUUGAGACAAUGCUGAUGGAAGGACUAAGACCUGAUCACAUAACAUAUGUUGGUGUUUUCUCUGCCUGUACUCAUGCCGGUUUGGUCAACCAAGGUCGUCAAUACUUCGAUAUGAUGAAGGACGUUGAUAAGAUUAUACCUACCCUUAGCCACUAUGCUUGUAUGGUGGACCUGUUUGGACGUGCUGGUUUAUUGCAGGAAGCACAAGAGUUCAUCGAAAAGAUGCCUAUUGAGCCUGAUGUAGUGACAUGGGGUUCACUGCUUUCUGCUUGCAGAGUUCACAAGAACAUCGAUCUUGGGAAAGUUGCAGCAGAGAGAUUGCUUCUUCUCGAGCCAGAGAACAGCGGGGCAUACUCAGCCUUGGCUAACUUAUACUCAGCUUGUGGAAAAUGGGAAGAAGCUGCUAAGAUAAGAAAAUCAAUGAAAGAUGGAAGAGUAAAGAAGGAACAAGGGUUUAGCUGGAUUGAAGUGAAGCAUAAAGUCCAUGUCUUUGGAGUGGAAGACGGGACUCAUCCAGAGAAGAACGAGAUCUACAUGACCAUGAAGAAGAUUUGGGACGAGAUCAAGAAAAUGGGUUAUGUUCCCGACACAGCUUCUGUACUACACGACCUCGAAGAAGAGGUUAAAGAACAGAUUCUAAGGCACCACAGCGAGAAACUAGCAAUCGCAUUUGGACUAAUUAGCACUCCGGAUAAAACCACAUUGAGGAUCAUGAAGAAUCUCAGAGUGUGCAAUGAUUGCCACACGGCUAUAAAGUUCAUUUCCAAGCUUGUGGGAAGGGAAAUCAUAGUGAGAGAUACAACAAGAUUUCACCAUUUCAAAGAUGGGUUUUGUUCUUGCCGAGAUUAUUGGUGAAAAUAAGGAAGAUCCAAAGAAUUCUCAUAAGGUCUAACUCAAGCCAUUGUACAGAACAGAUUCAGGUAUGGCUUCGUUGGAGGGAAACCAACAAAAGUUUUCCUCUUUCAUUGUUUAAUUGGUAUGUAAGUUCCAUCAUCAUCAUAGUUAUUGAGCAUUAGAAUAAGAUGACAUGGCAUGUGAGUCUUUAGUGCUAAAGGAGAAGGAUAUAAUGAACGAUUGAGAUAUUUUUGGGAAAAGCAUAAAGAGGAAAUGGAAUUGGAACAAUCAGAAAGAAGUAUAGAAGAAGAAGGAGAAGAAGAAG